UUGCGAUCGGUUGGGUUAGUUUGGUGAAGUGAUUCAGCAGCGAAACGGACUCAAAUUAAAAUAGACAGCAUCACAAUUGAUCGCGGACAGGACGAGGCGCAGCACGAAGCUGGCCUGGCACCGCGCGCGCGUCGCAAAUCGAGGAAAAUCACUUUUAGCAAUCAAUUGUAAAUUGCAAAAUCGAGUCGAACGACGACGGCGACAACGGGUCGGGUGCUGCUGGUGAAGGUGGUGGGCAACUGACUGGCGCUGGUCCGGCGACAGAGGGGAACGAGAUUCAGUUCGGUGACACAAAAGGCCGAAACGUUUCUGGCUUGACGAUUAAUUGAUUUCUCGCCUGCGGCCCACAAGCGUGCCCCAAGUGGAGGAGAAAGAAGUGCCUCGAGUGAAAAGUGAUUAAGAGUUGUGAUUUAUUUGAUUGCUUGUUCUUUUUAUUUAUAUUUUUGUAAAAAUCUUCGCCUAAGUACCUAUUCAUCAUGGAGAAAGUGGAACUGAGCAAGGACCAGCUGAAAGUGCUGAAGGAAGCUUUCGAUGCAUUCGACAAAGACAAGACCGGCAGCAUUCCCACCGAUGUCGUUGGAACGAUUCUUGAGCUGCUCGGCCAUACCCUGUCCGAGGAAGAGCUGGAGGAUGUGAUCGACGAGUACGAUGAGGAUGAAUCCGGCCAGCUGGAGUUCAACGAGUUUGUGCAACUGGCGUCGAACUACGUGGAACCAGAGGAGGACUACGAUGCGUUACGGAAGGAGCUUAGGGAGGUGUUUAUGAUGUACGACCGAGAAGCCAAGGGCUUCAUUCCAGUAGAUUCCUUCAAACAGAUCCUCCGGGAGUUGGACGGUGCCGUACCCGAGGAAGAAUUGGACGACAUCGUAGAUGAAAUUGAUGCUGAUGGUUCGGGAACGGUAGAUUUUGAAGAAUUCAUGGAGGUUAUGACAGGUGAAUAAACCUUUUAUUCAGAUAUCGCUUUGUAACCUCAAAUUGCUAAAAACCUAAUUGGCCGCUGCACUGAGCUUCCAGCAACAGGCUUGACCUCUGUCACCAUCGCACCAAAUAACCCCUGUCGUCGGCGAUUUCGACAUCAUUCGGAAUCGUCUAUGAGUUUUGUGGUAGAUAGCAACAACCAGGCACACUGAACGGUUUAUAAGCGAGAGCCUGAUACCAAACUACACCAUCUGAUGCUUUUCCAAUCUUUACUGAUUUAUAGGUUAAGCUUUGCAGCAGCCAGUGUUUCAGCGUCACCAAAGCUACAGAGAAUUUUAUCUUUACUUCUAUUGCCUAAACUUACUGUUAUUUUUUUAAACCUAGGGAUAAGGUCAGGAUAAACAUCGUUAUUUCGAUACAGCAGGAGAUCAGAAUUUCACCAUUCAGAAUCAUUAAAAUAAAUCGUUAUCUUCGCUACCUACGUUUAGUCAAAAUUCUUCGAAAAGAAUACUUAGUGCAUCCAACUGUUUAUCAGUUUUGUUUCAGACACAGUUUAUUAAAUAACGUCUAAGAGUUUAUGAAUUGUGAAGAAUUCGAAACCCUUUAUCGAUAUUGUAAGCAAACUGCGAUUGAAAUUUUUCUGAUUCGCGUUGCUUCUACCAUCAAUCGAUAUUCAUAGAACGUUCCAAAUCAUCGUCGAAAAAAUCAUAUCAAACCUGGAUGAAAUCACCGAAAAGACUAUUUAUCUAAUGCUUACAUUAUUGCCCCAAAACCGUACACAACUAAUGCAGGUGGAGACGAAUAACCUGGCGCAAUGCUUUCGGCCAACCGUUUUACGAGUAUUUCGGAUCAAUGAGAUGCUAACCUCACUUUCGCUUUUAAGAUUAACCAAACGCCGUCGACUGAAAUAAACGCAUUGAUACUCUUCUAAAAGCA